GCCGCCCGGCCGCGUAGACGGGGCGGCGCGGCCGCCUCUCCCCGCGCAGCCGCCGCCGCUCUGCCGGCGGCCGCCAUGGAGGAUGUGGGCUCGGGCGUGAACGCGGACGCGGAGGUGCGGAAGCUUCAGGAGCUGGUGAAGAAGCUAGAGAAGCAGAAUGAACAGCUUCGCAGCCGCCACGGCGCCCUGCCCGCCGCCCCCGCCAGCCCCAAGCGCCUGCCGAGCGCCGGGCCCUCCUCGCCACCCCCAGCCGCCUCCCCGUCGCCCGACGGCCGCUGUCUCAGCCCCAGGGCCGCCGCCCGGCGUUCGCUUCCCGAGGAGCCCGGCGGCGGCGAUGGGGGCAGCGGCGGCAAUGGCCUGCUGGACGACGCGGCGGUGCUCAGGCCGGAGGAGCUGGAGCGGCUGGCCGGCUGCGAUGAGGACGAGACCUGCUGGUUGUAUACAUCUCCAAAGAAGAAACUGAAUCCAGUGCAAAAAAGUGUCAGUCCUUUAGUUUGGUGCAGACAGGUAUUGGAUUACCCAAGUCCUGAUGUUGAAUGUGCUAAGAAGUCACUGAUCCACAAGCUGGAACAAACAAUGUCAGCUCUCAAGAGACAGAGUUUGUACAGCAGCCCUUUCAGUGCAGUCAGUUAUGCGAGCUCCUACAGUCCUAAUACUGGUAGCCCCUACAGCAGUGGCUUCAACUCUCCCUCCUCAACACCAGUGAAAUCUGCUUUAGUGAAACAGCUCAUACCUCCUGGUACCUCAGGUCAUCUUAAAAUUUCAGGAGAUAGAAAUCCUCCGCUAAGUCCACAGUCUUCUCUGGACAGUGAAUUAAGUGCAUCGGAGAUGGAUGAAGACUCUAUUGGGUCUAAUUACAAGUUAAAUGAUGUUACAGAUGUGCAAAUUUUAGCACGAAUGCAGGAAGAAAGCUUGCGGCAAGAGUACGCAGCCACCACUUCUCGGCGUAGUUCUGGCUCCUCUUGCAAUUCCACCCGGCGAGGCACGUUCAGCGACCAGGAGCUUGAUGCACAGAGCUUAGAAGAUGAGGAAGAUGGCACACAUCACACAGUGCACCCUGCUGUUAGCAGGUUCUCACCAUCACCUCGCAGUUCUCCCUGGCCUUCACCAAAACAAUCUCCAAGAAAUUCACCUCGCUCCCGAUCACCUGCUCGAAGCAUAGAGUACAGUAGAGUGUCACCACAGCCUAUGAUUAGCCGUUUACAGCAACCUCGUCUUUCGCUUCAAGGCCAUCCUACAGACUUGCAAACUAGUAAUGUCAAAAGCGAAGAAUCAGGUUGGCCACUCAUCCUGUCAAGGCAUCUUCAGUCUUCUAUCCAAAAAAAACUAAGGCGUAGUCUUCCAAACUUGUCCAGGACAUCUAACAUCCAAGCCGAGUCUGUGAAAAACAGCAGAAGUGACUCAAACUUCCAAGUGCCAAAUGGAGGAAUACCUCGCAUUCAACCUCAAGCCUCAGCCACUCUGCAAAGGCAGAAAAAUUUGCCUCGUGCUGCCUUCAAAACCAAACAGUUUCUUCAAACUCCAUCUACAAAAGGAGUACCUUCUUCGAGCAAAUUCCGCUCGCCUGCGGCACCGUCUCCCUUAGCUCUCCGACAGCCAGUGAAAGCGUUCAGUGCCCAUGGGCCGGGCUCGGUCGCCUCUCCAGAAGCCGCACAGCUGACGCACAGUAGUUCUUCACCAGGGCCUCUUGCAGCCCAGAGCUCAGGCUUGCCGAGCCCUGCCAGCAGUAUUAACAGCACUACUCUUACCAGACCAGCAGGGAUGAGGAGUGGUUUGCCCAGACCCAGUGCCCCUUCCACAGGGGGCAUCCCAGUGCCUCGUAGCAAACUUGCACAGCCUGUUCGCAGAUCAUUACCCACUCCGAAGACAUAUAGCAACGUGAAAGAUGAGAGUUGGAAAGAUGGCUGCUACUGAUCUGCACAGCUCAAUGCAGAGUUCCAGUGCUCAUGGAUACUUCCUCACCAGGCGAAAAGACAGCUUGAUUAAACAAACUGUUCAGAUGUGACUCUUGGAAUUUGUAAAAAUUCCAAACCUCUCUGUCUCUAAUUAGCACAAACUGGCAGAGAUUAUUAUAAAGCAGCACUUUAAUGACAUCUAACAUCAGAUGUUUGGUGGUCAUACAAUCACUUCUACAUUAAAUUGCUAUCAGUUCUGGGGGCUUUUUUAUUGCUUGCUAAAGAUGUUAUCAAUAUGAGCAUUUAUGAGAGUGGCCAAUGUUGGGGCAAAAAUGAAUGAAUGCCAAAGAAAUGCCCAUCUUGAAAAACAGUAAGGACAACUACCAACAUACAUUAUCCACAACUUCAUUUUCAGCCUGUUUUAAUUCAGCAGAAAGAUUGGUGAAUAUGUACUAUUGAAACAAGGCUACAUGAAUCAGAGCUAAUGUUCUGAUUGCAGACUGCUACAGUGCUAGGGAAAUGUUGCUUUUAACAAUUGCAUGAGAUCCCAGCUGGGACUGGAUCCGUCCUUCAGUACUGCUGGAAGAAUCAGCAGUUACUCUGGAGGAUUAGGUAGAACAUGGAGUUGUAGCCAUGACUGCUGUCACGUUAAAAGGUUUGAAUGUAGCAGACACACACAAUGCAAUAGUAUAGAUUGCAUCUUUCCUAUGUUGAUUUACUGGCUUUACCUACUCUUAUGUUUGAUUGCCAGAAGGGCUUAGUAUCAGCUGUACAAUCUUUCUAACCUUAAAUUCCUGGCUCAGGAAAGAUGGCCUUCACUAUUGUAGCCACAUUUUUAACACAUUGGCAUGCUAUUUGGGGAAAAAUUUUUUAUAGCAGGUUUCCUUGCAAAAGAAAGAGCAAGUGAUAAUUUUGAUUUGUUCUAAAACCAUACCACUAUACAUGCAGCCUGCAGCAACUGUAAAUGCUGAUAGUUAAGGAGAAGGAAACACAACUAUGCACUUGUAACAUACAAAUUUUAAGGAAAUGAGUUACUCUUGAUGCCAAAUGAUAUUCAUUUAGGUGAUGUUCCAUGGUAUGAGGGAGUUUUCUGUAUCCUAUUUUUUUACUUUCAUCCAUUUCUUAAAUUGGUUUAUUUUAAAUUGUAAAUAUUUUUACAGAAGAUAUUGCCCAUGUAAGUGUGUUUAAAUAUGUAUUUUGCCUUACAUAUGUAUAUCUUACAUUACUGGUAACAGAGUAUAAAACCUGCUGUGUCUGUUUACAAGCUAUUAAACUCCUCUGGUGACUCUGACUCUAAUGCAUUUUGCUCAGAACAACUGAUAUAUUUAGCAUAGAACCAUUGUUUUCUUUUCGGAAGACAUCAUGCAAAAAUCUGUAGCUAAAGUUGUAUUGAGUGGGACUAGUUAAGUGGAAGGGAUUUUAUUUGAAGGUUUUUCAGUAUUUUGGAUGUACAGUUGAUGAAGUAAGAGAAUGUGAAUGGUAUAUCCUUUGUGCAAUGACUGACAAACACUACAAGUCAGAUUGGACGGUAGGUACCCUUCAACCCCAUUAAUAACUGAGUUUGGGACUGCUGGUGGAUUUUGCUCCCACCACUAAGAGGAUAACUAAUCCCGAAAUUCCAGUACUUGAAUUUUAGGCCAACAUUAACAUAUUCCUGGAUGAAAAGCCAUGCAAUACUACUUGACUUGGAAGAAACCAAAUAGGAAGGAGUGGAGACUAACUUGGAACUUAAACUACUCAAGCAAGCUCUGGGUUGAUGGGUGACUUCUCACACCAGACCAAGAGCUGUGCUAAGACUUCAAAGUUGGGGUGUCAAAUAUACUGUGUCAGAUUCCAGCAGAAACCACCUUUCACCAGUACAGAGCAGUACGUACCACUAAUCUAGCCUUGAGUCACCGCAGGUACAGGGAAUGGAUGUAUCUCACGGCACUGUUCACCAGAAAACAGGACUAGAUCAAACGUGCAUACUCUCAGUAAAGCCUGAAUUUUAAUAUUUCAGCAUUGUACAAAUCAAUGCUGCAGUCUUCACUGAAGAAAGGGGAAUUUAAAUGGGUGGAUUUUAUCAAACCGCUUGACUUACAAAUUUUGAAAGUCAGUUUAGGUGACAAUAUUGGGGUUUUACCAUGGCUGCAUCAAACGUGUAUGUUUCCUUAAGUUAAGUAAUUCAUCGCUUGGGUAAAUUCAGCUUGAGUUUUUUAGGGAUUUUCUUCUCUGCUAUUCUCCCUGAAAUACAGCAAAUGACUUCCUGAGAAGACAGACUGUUUGCUAGAAAGCCUUUGUGCAUUACCAGUUCAUUGAUAUCAGGAAAUCAUGGGGCUCUGUGUUUAGAGAUUUACUGCAGAAUUGUGGAAAUAUGGAUUUGAUAAAAUAGUGCCUAUGAUUUACUUAACUUAUGUUUGAUAUAGUAGUAAGGGGUUUAUGAAUGUGGAUUACUUUUUGUGCCAACAGCUUGGAAUUGAUGUAUGUGUGUAGGCAGAAGGAUUUAUUCUGCUCCCAAAGUUAUUUAAUUUUUUUUUUGUGUUUGAAUGUUUUUGUAAGUGUUAAAAGUGUAAAAAAAAUAUAUAAAAUAUUCUUACCACAAAA